AUGGAGGAUCUAACGGCCAAAUGGGGCAAAAUCUCUUUAACAGCUACAGAGGGUGAGGCCAUUAGUAUUUCAGAUCUGGAUCCGCAUAGUAACAGGGCGAACUCAGAGUGCAGUAUUGUGGGUAAGAUAUGUAUGGAUCGACAUGUUAGUAAAGAUAUUCUGGCAAGUACGAUGGGGAGCGUGUGGAAGAUAUCAGGAAAUCCCUCUUUCAUGGACCUAGGGCAAAACAUUUUCAUUAUUACCUUCAAUAAUAUCCGUGAUAAACAGCGAAUUCUGGCUGGGCGGCCUUGGUCUUUUGAUCGGAAUUUGUUUGUUCUGAAAGAGAUUGAUACAACUAUACCCAUUGGUGAGACCGCCUUUGAUACGGAGGAGUUUUGGGUGCAAAUCCACAACCUUCCGUUAAUGGCAAUGACAGAAAAAGUGGGACAGCAGAUAGGUUCUUCGUUGGGGGAACUGAUUGAGGUAGACGUGAAUAAGGAUGGGUUGGGAUGGGGUUUGUAUCUUCGGGUUCGGGUUAAGAUCCCAUUGACGACCUCUCUGGUUCGAGGAAAGCUUUUGAAACUUCCCCAGAAGGAGUUCUUUCUUCGGUUCCAGUAUGAAAAUCUGCCUAGAUUUUGUUUCAAGUGUGGGAGGAUAGUUCAUGACCCAGGAAAUUGUCCGUCCAGUUCGGAGGUGCGAAUGCACCGAAAUAGCAACACUGAUGAGUACGGUCCAUGGUUGAGAGCUGUUCCGUUUAAUAAACGGCCUAAAAAGCAGGUAAGGGAUAAGUUGCCCUCUGCAAACUCUAUGGCUGAUCCAGAGGAUGAUAGAUCUGGUAGCCUAGAAGCCUCUGGGCAAGCUAAGGAGGUAGUGGACGAGGAAAGGUCUGGUAGCUUCGAUAAACAGUUUCUUCCAGAGGGGGCAGUCGCUGGUCGAUUAGUAGUUGUACAGGGAAGUGAGUUGCAGGUGGAUGGGUCCCAAGGAGAGACUCUGGUGGAGAGGGAGUUGUCAACGGAGGUUCAUGUUAAAGGGGUGAUGAAGGACUAUGAUAUGGUCUCAAAGAAGUGGAAGCGUAAAUCUAGAGAGACAGGGGUGGCAUCUCCAAAGGUUGUCUUAUCCAAAAGGCCAGCUGAGAUAGAAGAUGUGGCAGAUCUUGCGGAAGCUGUUGUUGUUUCCAAGAGGGGACGGGUUGAAAAGGUCAGUGUUGGUUUGGUUAGUGAUGUUGAGGCAGUGGCUGAUGUUCAGCCCUGCCCGAAAUUAUGA